AAGGAAGCAAGAAACUAGAGAGAGAGAGAGAGAGAGAGAGCAGUCCCACGAUUUCCUUGUAAACGUUGAAUCUUGAUGUUGCGGCAUUUAGCGACAAAAUGGGUCUGAUUCCAAAUCCGAUGGCUAUGGCUUUUUGCUUCCCCAUUUUUGCAUUCUACGCUUCCCUUUCACCGACACCUAUUCCUAAUCCUCCAUUUCCCUCAAUUCCCACUUUUCGCAAUUGGGUUUCUCCCCAUUUUUCUAUUUUCCUCGAAUCCCACUCUCUCUCUCGGUUUACUUUCUUACUCACAGUCCCCAUUUCCUCAAAAUUUUCCCUCUUUUUUCUUCAUUCACCCAUUUGCAUUUUAAGAUGGAAUGGAUCCCGUGAGAAUGUAAUUGACUGCAAUUUCUCAGAUCUUCAUCUCUCGCUGGGGAAAAAUUGCAGGUUGUUGAUUGUGAUUAUGGGUCUUCAUCUGUGUUUCUCGAGGUGAUUGCUUCUGAAUUUGCUUUUGGCGGGAUCGUCGGUGGUUGAUUUGGGGGGAAGAUUUCGCUAUUUUGAUCCUCGAUCUAGCCAUCGAUAAUGGACAUCCUCGGCGAUUCUGAUAAGAACUCUUCUCGGAGUCUUGUGGCGGCUGUAUCCUAUGGAAUUGCUUCGAUGGCUAUGGUUUUUCUGAACAAGGCCGUACUGAUGCAGUACUCACACUCAAUGACCCUUCUCACUCUGCAGCAAUUGGCAACGACAUUGCUUAUUCACUUCGGUAGAAGAAUGGGGUUCGCGAAAGCCAAGGGGUUUGAUAUGCAAACAGCAAAAAGAAUUCUUCCGGUUUCAUUGUUUUACAAUGCAAAUGUGGCGUUUGCUCUUGCUAGCUUGAAAGGAGUUAACAUCCCAAUGUAUAUUGCCAUUAAAAGACUCACUCCUCUUGCUGUUCUUAUUGCGGGAUUCUUUUCGGGCAAGGGAAGGCCCACGGCGCAGGUUAUUCUUUCAGUACUGUUGACUGCUGCUGGGGUCCUUGUUGCUGCAUUGGGAGAUUUUUCAUUUGACCUUGUUGGUUAUAGCAUGGCCUUCACUUCUGUUUUCUUCCAGACUAUGUACCUUGUAUUGGUGGAGAAGUCAGGUGCAGAGGACGGGCUUUCAUCCAUCGAAAUCAUGUUUUACAACAGUUUUUUGUCUCUUCCAUUUUUGUUAUUUCUCAUUAUAGGUACUGGUGAAUUCCCAGAUUCUUUAUCAUUAUUAUUUGCAAAGAGUAAUUCAUUCUCCUUUUUGGUUAUCUUCCUCCUUUCACUGGUCAUGGGGAUUGUUCUCAACUUCACAAUGUUCUUAUGUACCAUAGUAAACUCGGCUCUGACAACAACAAUCGUUGGCGUCCUCAAAGGGGUUGGAUCAACGACCCUCGGCUUUGUCAUAUUGGGCGGUGUGAAAGUGCACGCUCUGAACGUCACGGGCUUGGUUAUCAACACGGCGGGCGGUGUCUGGUAUUCGUAUGCUAAGUAUCAACAGAAGAAGAGCAAGAUACCGAAGUUAACAUCCGACGUAGACGCUCAUCGUAAGUAAGAGGGAGUAGUAUAGGAAGAAUUAAAGUUGGUGAAGAAAAAGAUUUCUAGUUUGCAUAAGGCUUCAUAUUGUAGUUGGAUAUCUUCUUCUAUUACUUCUUUUUAUUCAAAAAAAUAAAAAUUGCAAAAGUCACCCCUAA